GGUCUCUGCAAUACCGGUGGGUCAGAGCACUUAUUGACUUUAUUGUUGUUUAUUGUAAGUGAGCAGGCACGAAAAUGGAAUUAAUUCAUGUUCCAGUGAAAGUUCGAAGAUUCGAUCUAUCAGAUUCACCAGACUUUGAAGCUGAUGAACUGGAGUUGGAAAGUGGAAUAGAGUAUUCUAUGCUGAAGAAGAGAAUGAGAGAGUACUUUGGUAUUGCUGAAGAUGAGGCCAAAGUGAUAAAAAUUAGGAACAAGGAUUAUGUUCUUGUUCCCAUGAUGAAUUUGCUGAAUGAAGAUGACACUCAAAGCCCUUUCAUCAUUGAUAUUACAGCUACAUCUCUGGCAAAUGAGAGCAACUUGCUGCAAGAUGCUUAUGUGGAUGCUGUUCGGCAGAAAUUCAGGAACAUGGAAUCAAGAAUUUCACAGGCAGAGGUGUUACUGCCUCAGUUGCAGUGGAGAAGACAGUCCCAUCUGGAUGGGACAGUUUCUAGCUUGAGCAGUAAAGUUUCAUUCUUGAAUAGGCGCAUUGACGAACUUAUGCCAAGCAAAUGGAAAUCAAAAAUGCCUGCUACUAUCUCAUAAGAAUAUAUGUUCACAUUUUUUGAUGAUAUCAGUAUUAUUAUCUUUAAUUAUUAAGCUUCUACAUAGUUACAGUAGUUUUUAUCUAAGCUAUAUUCAAUUUCUAUGAAUUUUAAAAAUUGAAAAUAUUCAUAAGUUGGUGAUGAAAAUAGAAUAUAUAUGAACAUUAGAAUAUUUAUCAAAUGGUUAU